GAAAGGCUUCCCUAAGGCGGGCGGCUGUCCGCGGUGCUGAACCUUCCUGUGGCGCGGGCCGGCCCGGGUCUUGCAAAGCGCGCCGCAGCCCAGUGAAACUCACACGUCCGAGGGAAGGCGACGGCGCAAAGGUCCGAGAUGAGGUCCGCGGCGACUUCCCAGGCGCCACGCUGCAAAGCCCUGCCAGACCCGCUAGCGACUCGGUCCCGGCCGGGCUCUGCAGGAAGCAGAGCUGAGGGACAGGUCGUCCCCCGCGUCCCCGGUGCCUCUCACCCUCAGCAACUCUUCGUCCCGACUCUUCUCCCUGGAGACUACAUCAAGGCGUCCCCAGCCGGCCGCCUCACGCCUCUCCUGUCUUUGUCCACAGCACGCUGCCUCUGGAUCCAGCUUCUCCAGAGGCGCCGCAGGGUCCCGCAAUCCAGACUGCCCCUCGCUUCUCGGGUCUGGGUUGUCAGCCCCCCACCCCCAACUAUUCUCUAAACCCGGAGUUGGGCGGCGCGAGCUCCGCCCCCAGUUUCCGUAGAGGCGGCGCUGGAGUAAGGGGCGGGGCGGAGGGGAGGCGCACCCAGCCCCUCUCAAAAGCGGCUACCGCUGGGAGCCCCGGUCGCUCAGCUCCGGGGAGAAGCCAGGAGCUUGAGCCACCGUCGUGGGGAGGAUUGGUGAGGGACAGCAGGAAUUCUGCCCCUUCCUCCCGGGAGCGCUUCACGCCUGGCAAGCCCCCCGCACAGGUGGUCAUGGGCUCCCUGCCCACUCGAAACCCUGGGGACCAGGACUCGCCUUCUGGGCUCCCGCCGGCGGCUACAGUUCCCGCCAACCAAAGCGCAGAGGCCUCGGCGGGCAAUGAGUCGACCUCGGGCUCCGGCGCCCAGGCCCUAACGCCCUUCCAGAGCCUGCAGCUGGUGCAUCAGCUGAAGGGGCUGAUCGUGCUGCUCUACAGCGUCGUGGUGGUCGUGGGGCUGGUGGGCAACUGCCUGCUGGUGCUGGUGAUCGCGCGGGUGCGCCGGCUGCACAACGUGACCAACUUCCUCAUCGGCAACUUGGCCUUGUCGGACGUGCUCAUGUGCGCCGCCUGCGUGCCGCUCACGCUGGCCUACGCCUUCGAGCCGCGCGGCUGGGUGUUCGGCGGCGGCUUGUGCCACCUGGUCUUCUUCUUGCAGCCGGUCACCGUCUACGUGUCCGUGUUCACGCUGACCACCAUCGCGGUGGACCGCUACGUCGUACUGGCCCACCCGCUGCGCCGCCGCAUCUCGCUGCGCGCCAGCGCUUACGCGGUGCUGGGGAUCUGGGCCCUGUCCGCGGUGCUGGCGCUGCCGGCCGCCGUGCACACCUACCACGUCGAGCUCGAGCCCCACGACGUGCGCCUGUGCGAGGAGUUCUGGGGCGCUCAGGAGCGCCAGCGCCAGCUCUACGCCUGGGGGCUGCUGCUCGGCACCUACCUGCUCCCCCUGCUGGUCAUCCUCCUGUCUUACGUCCGGGUGUCGGUGAAGCUCCGGAACCGCGUGGUGCCGGGCUGCGUGACCCAGAGUCAGGCCGACUGGGACCGCGCGCGGCGCCGCCGCACCUUCUGCCUGCUGGUGGUUGUCGUGGUGGUGUUCGCCGUCUGCUGGCUGCCGCUGCACGUCUUCAACCUGCUGCGGGACCUCGACCCGGGCGCCAUAGACCCCUACGCCUUCGGGCUGGUGCAGCUGCUCUGCCACUGGCUCGCCAUGAGCUCGGCCUGCUACAACCCCUUCAUUUACGCCUGGCUGCACGACAGCUUCCGCGAGGAGCUGCGCAAGCUGUUGCUCACCUGGCCCCGGAGGAUCGCGCCCCACGGGCAGAGCGUGACCGUCAGCGUGGUCAUUUGAUACUGGGGCGUCAGACCUGGGUUGGGGAGCUUCCGUCCGCUGACCUCUGAGGUCGGACUAGAGUCGGGAUUCCUAGCAUCAGAGCUAAGACGACACAGGGCAGGCCUUCCAGUGCAGCCCUCUUGUCUGGCUCCUUCUUGUGUCUUUGUAAAAUGUUAAGCGGGCUUUGGUGUGGAAGAGGCCAGGGAUAGGGAAGAGGAGGAUUUAUGAUUUCUUCUUCAUGACCUAGAAAGCCAAACAAAAGCCUUCUUCAGAAGGAUUUGGUUCUAGUCCUUGCUAUCUUUCCCACUUACUCAGUGGUAAUAAAGGAACACUGUGAGUGGGAUUUAAAACCAUGGUGUUGGCUUGGUAAUGAUUUUCAGUUUACUUUUUUAAAGGGACCCAACUGAAAUAUAAUACCUGAUAUUGUCUUGCCAGCUUGAACCCCUGGAUCUCUAGGAUUUCAGGUAAAUAUAUAUUACACAUUAUUUCUAGGGUUUCAGCACUUCGUGAAUAAGACCUUUAUGCACCAAAAGUGUUUUAUUUUUUAUUUUUUUGGUACCAGGGAUUGAACUCGGGUCCUUGCGCUUGCGCAGCAGGCAGUGAAACCAUUGAGCUAAAUCCCAGCCCAAGGGCAAGCUGCCUUUUAAAAGGCCUUGCUUUUGUUUCCCUCUUCUCUCCCCCAUCCACCAUUUUAAUAUGAUGAGAUGAAUUAGUGAAUGAAUAAAUAGCUGAAGAGGAAAAAGCCCAGUUCACUUAGGGGGAUGUUUAGCUGUGCAUAAAGACUGGCAUGCUGUGUGCGUGCAUGUAUAUGUGUGUGCAUAAAGCCAAUAUUUGUGACAAGGCAGCCUCACAUGUUUGAUUUUCUGAAUGCUCAAUGUAAACUGUGUGCCAUAGCAUUCACUUGCAUCCUCUAAUUGCUCAAUUGCAGCAGAUCAACAGCUGUCAUUUGACUGCUCAGCACCUUCUCCUUGGAGACAUUCAGAAAAUAUCAACCCAGAAUACAAGGACUGGCAGUUUAUUUAAGGACAGCAUAGAGAGAUACACUGAAACCCACAAGAUUAUUAUUAGGUCCAACAUUAAUUGCUUUCAGGGUUAAAGGAACUGAUGAAGACUCUUGGGCAUGACACAAGGCUGAUAAUAAUCACUUUAGCCUGUUGUGAGUUUGGUUCAUGAGGACAACAGCUCUAGGACAAGGAUCUUCACGAUGAAUGCUGGAACAGCAACUGGGGCAGCCAGGACAGGGAAAAUGGGAAAUGAUACACAAUAUCCAGCUGUCAGAUCAGCCCUGUGGUAUGUGUGGCAUGAACAAGGGUCUGCAGCAGCUCAGCACCAUCUGUAGGGUUCCACUGCUCCUCUGGCUCACUAAAUAGCAAAAUCAGUGUCUUUAUUCCUCUUAUUUCUAUUGAAUUAGAUAGGAGUUCAUUCACUCAUUAAAGUGCUCUGAAAAGCAAAGAGGGGAUAGUACUGGAAGGACGAGGAUUAAAUCCUGUUCGACCAAUGUCAACUAUGAUGAUGGAGCAAGUGUUCUUGACUGGCAGCCAUAAGAGUCUUUAGUCAUCACAGGGUUAGGGUCUUUGCAGUGUGAAGAAGAGCACAAGGAUUGGGAGAAAAGACAAGGCAAAUUAAGAUGGGAGAGGGAAACAACCUCUGCCAAUGAUGCUACACUGACUUUGAACUUCACCUAUGGAUUGGAGAACAGAGAAUUUAUAUUCUAAUUAUGCAGCCCAUCCCCAGAGCAUAAUGUCACAGCAUUAAUUUCCUUGUCCUCAUAUGAGCUCAUCUCCUAGGCAUCUCAGGGCCUGGGUCCUGUGUUCCCAAGCACCUGUUGAUUGGGAAGUUCCAAGCCAGAGCAUUCUUGUGAUAAGCACUUGUGGAGAGUGUAGGAAUAGGGGGAAAGAAUUGGAUAAGUUAGGGAGAGAUUUGAUUAAUGUUGGUGUCUUUGUUGGGAGGUUUAAAUCACUGAUUCUCAGUCCUGGUUACUCUUAGAAUCACCCGGGGAACUUUACAAAACACUGAUAUCUAGUCCUAUCCCCAGAGAGGCUAAUUUACUUCAGAUGGGUCCUGGGCAUUUGCACUUCCAGUGAUUUUAGUGUGCAUUCAAAGUUAAGCACCUUAAGAAUUAUCCUCUUUUUUAAUGCAUCUGAAGGAAGCUUCAGUUGUACCUGCCAAAGUUGUUAAGAUCUUGGACUUGAAUUUGACACUGAGUUGCAUGUCAAACUUGAGGAUAUUUCUUCACUCUUCAGACAAAACCAGAUCUGUCACAUAAAGGGAAAUCCUUGGGAUCAGAGUAUAUAGGUAUUGAUUCAAGUUUCCUCACCUAUUUCCUUUGAAAAAUACUACUGUAUAAAUCCAAUCAGCUUAGAAGAGAUAUCGUUCAACUUUAGAUUACAGUAAGAAGUUAUAUGCCAUGAAUUAUUUCAAAUCCUCAUUAUUAGGAUGUUGAAAAAUUAAAAUGUUCCCUGAUUGGUUUGAUUUAAACCUGUAUCAAUUGUGAGAAGAAAGUAUCCCCAUGAAUUACUGCUGGAGGUUUCUCUCGUGUCUACGACAUAAGGUUUAAACAUUUGUGUAAACUUUAUGGACAGCCUAAAGAAGGGGAGAGUUAUGCUAGGGCUUAGAAACAUCUUUACAAAUUGUGCAAAUUGGCAAAUGAAGAGCCACUAAUGAAUUGUUCCCCACGUAAUAUCCAUUUAGGACUUGUUUGUAAAACAAACUUGACGUGUUAAAAAAAAUCCCUCAGUUGAGUUCCAGAGAAAUGCACACAGCAGUGUAGGUAAGAAAUUGUAUUUCAUAAUUCGUUUUAGUUAAUGUCAAGAUGUGUACCAAGGCCUAUUCCUGCAAGGAUUCAGACAGGAGCAAAGCUGGGAAUCGAGCCAGUCUGGGACUUGGCAGCAGCCCUUCCCAAGGCUGACAGGAGAUUCUGUAAUCUUUUUUGUAAGCAUUGUCACAGGUCUCACUUUUGGCAGCCAACCAAUAGACUUAUCUCGCUAAAUCAGCAGAGGAGUGUUUCCGUAUGUCUUGGCAACAGCAACCUGGGAAUAGCAACUGUGAGAGAUGCUAAGGUAACAAUCUUCAAUUGAUGCAAACUUUCUGGUUUUUUGUUCUUUUGGGUUUUCAGGCUUCUCUUGUAUGUGGGUCACAUUUCUAUUUUUAUUUUCUCAGGUAGGCUAGUCAACCGCUGUGUCCUCUUUGCAUUCCUGGACAUCUAGUAGUUGAGGAACCUCAGGGGGGACCCAGGCUGGAUAGGAACAAACACAGGCCCAUCCCUCAUGGAGGAGAGGUUGGGAGCACCUGUGUUUCCAAGGCAGGUCCUUGUCUGAUUUGCCUCCAUGUGUUUGUGUCUUUGCUAUGUGUGCAAGCUGCUUAUAUUGCUGAGCCACUGUGUGAUGCUCCUCAGGCUGGGGCUUGAACUGUGUUGAACACAUUGUGGGUGCUCAAUAAAUAUUAACUUGGCCAA